AUGUCUCACGAGGAGGAUCUCAUUGACUACUCGGACGAGGAGCUCCAGACCACGGCUCCCGCAACUACUGCUGCCCCAGCUGCUGCCAAUGGCGAUGCAGACAAGCAGGGUGACCUGACCGUGACUGGCGGCCGCCCCGACAAGAAGGGCAGCUAUGUCGGCAUCCACUCGACCGGUUUCCGUGACUUCCUGCUCAAGAGCGAACUCUUGCGUGCCAUCACCGACUGCGGCUUCGAACAUCCAUCGGAGGUCCAGCAAGUCUGCAUUCCAACUGCCAUUCUGAAUGUCGACGUUCUGUGCCAGGCCAAAUCGGGUCUCGGUAAAACUGCGGUCUUCGUCUUAACCACUCUCCACCAGCUGGAGCCCAUCCCGGGCGAGUGCUCCAUCCUUGUGAUGUGCCACACCCGUGAGCUGGCCUACCAGAUCAAGAACGAGUAUGCGCGUUUCUCCAAGUAUCUUCCUGAUGUCAAGACUGCGGUCUUCUACGGUGGUACCCCCAUCCAGAAGGAUGUCGAGGUGUUGUCCAACAAGGAGACCCACCCCAACAUCGUUGUCGCGACCCCCGGUCGUCUGAACGCCUUGGUUCGUGACAAGAAGCUGUCGCUGCGCAACGUCAAGGCUUUCGUUCUCGACGAGUGUGACAAGAUGCUUGACCAGAUCGACAUGCGCCGUGACGUCCAGGAGAUCUUCCGUGCUACCCCUGCCGACAAGCAGGUCAUGAUGUUCAGCGCCACCCUCUCCCAGGAGAUCCGCCCGAUCUGCAAGAAGUUCAUGCGCAACCCUCUCGAAGUCUAUGUUGACGACGACACCAAGCUCACUCUCCAUGGUCUGCAGCAGUACUACAUCAAGCUCUCCGAGAACGAGAAGAACCGCAAGCUGAACGACCUCUUGGACAACCUGGAGUUCAACCAAGUCAUCAUCUUCGUCAAGAGCACCCAGCGUGCGAAUGAGCUGGACAAGCUGCUGCGCGAGUGCAACUUCCCGAGUAUCGCGGUGCACUCCGGUGUCAGCCAGGAGGAGCGUAUCAAACGUUACAAGGAGUUCAAGGAGUUCAACAAGCGUAUCUGCGUUGCCACCGACGUCUUCGGCCGUGGUAUCGAUAUCGAGCGGAUCAACCUUGCCAUCAACUAUGAUCUGCCUGCCGAUGCUGACUCGUACCUGCACCGCGUCGGUCGUGCCGGCCGUUUCGGUACCAAGGGUCUGUCGAUCUCCUUCGUGAGCACCGAGGACGACGACAAGGUUCUGAAGGAUAUUGAGAAGCGUUUCGAGGUUGCUCUUCCCGAGUACCCCGAGGGCGGCGUUGACUCGAGCACCUACAUGGCUUAA